AGCGUUUUUGUGCUGAGCAGGAAUUUCCAGAACUCUCAGCAAAUAUAAAUACUUGCGGCUCCAAACCACACAACACGUUCAACAGCAGAGAUUAUAACCAUCACUGCAGAAGAUGAAUAUUAUCAACAAAAUGUGGUCUUCUCUGAUUGUGCUCAUCCUGGCUGCACUGGCCUGUCUGGCAGAUGUGUCUCACACUGAAGAAACGAUGAAACACUCUGCAUCAGCCUCCAGGUUCGCAUCAUUGCGUUCCAGGCGAAUGGUGGGGGGGAUCCUGGCCCCUCAUGUCCCCUGGCAGGCCAUGGUCUACAUUGCUGACAGUGUGCUGGACGGAGGCUACGCAAGUGGUGCUCUCAUCUCUGACCGCUGGGUUUUGACAGCUGGCAGGAACCUUUUUGUCAAUAAGAGUCGAGCAGACAAUCAGGGAAAAGAUCCUGUGAUCCCUAAAGUGUACCUGGGAAUCUCACGACGGGCGGAAGCUAAUACCUCCAAAGAGGUCGCAGUAGAGAAGGUUGUUCUCCAUCCAGGCUUCCAGAACAGUUCUGACUGGGAUAAUGACCUGGCUCUGAUCCAGCUGAAGGAGCCCGUGGUUAUGAGCGAUAAAGUGACCCCCAUCCCCUUGCCUGAGAGAGGCCAGGACCUGGCCGACACCGUGGGUGGGUCAGGGGUCAUCGCUGGCUGGGGCUGGGGGAUCAAUUUAACCCCUUCUGCAUUACUCAAAUACCUCAUACUCCCCCUGGCCAAUCAUUCUGCCUGUAAAGCCGAAUAUCAACGUAUCCGUUUCACACCAGAUGUAGACGACAACAUGUUCUGCACAGGAGCUACGAAGAAUGAGGAGAAUGUUUGUUUUGGUGAUGCAGGAGGCGCUCUGGCUGUCACAGACGCUGAAACUGGAGACAUUUACACUGCAGGGAUCCUUUCCUAUGACAAGUCCUGCAGCAGGUACAAGUAUGGAGUCUAUAUGAAGAUUUCCUCAUAUUUACCCUGGAUCCACAGUGUCAUGAGGGGAGACACAGAGAAAUCAUCUGCUCUGCGCUCUGAUGCAAUGUCUAAGAUGUACUCCUGGCAGGCUUCGAGCUUCAGGCACUGAUAUUUUGAUUUUGUAGAGAAACACAUUUAAGUGUGUUGACUCAGUGCAUUUUAUUAAAUGCUUGUAAUGUAACCAUUGCUGUGUUCUGUCUCUCAAAUGUUGUGAUUGACAGAGGUGAAAAAAGGUAUGGUAAUUGGAUGAAUUCUACUUACUACUACUUUCAGUAUUUGCAGUUCUUCUUGUUUGCUUCAUACACACAGUUUGUCCUCAGUUGUUGCAUCAGAUGACCAAAAACAACUAAUGUCUACAUUUUGGUGGCCACAGGAAUUUUGACUUGACAUUUUUUGUGUGUACAAGAGAGUGCAACAUGUCUUUUAGGAAAGACUUAAAGUGUUUGCCUUUAUCCUCAUAUUUAAUCGAUUCCCACGUCACGUGGCUGUUUGGAACAGCUAAAUACAGACUAGUUUAGCUUUUUGAGCAUGUGGCAUCAUUUAGUUUGCAGAAGUAAGAGGUUGGGGUUGGAUGAGUCAACAAAAUAUUGGACUUUGACACAGUAAACUGCAGCUUUCUCAUUAACUACUGACAAUCAAUGUUGUUUCCUCAUAACCAUAACCGUGAUCUUUCCUUAACCUUCAGCAAGUAAACAGGCCACAUUUUUCACAAACACCACCCAAGUCAUUUUUAUGCCUAAACCUGACCAAAUCUCCACCAUAGGUUUUUCGGAUUACAAAAUAUUUUUAUUUGUGCAAGCAUUUCAGAGGUGACUGACAAGAAAUGUUGUCCUGCUAAAAGAGGCAUCAGAUAAGAGCAUGUGUCGAUCUCGGGGACAAAAAUAUGUUUUGUUGAUUAAUUUUGUACACUGCUGUGCUCCCAUGUUAGGUUUCACUAACAGUUAAUUUUGAAAAGAGAACAUGAGAGCUUCCAAGGUUGAGGCUACUUUUCAUCAUGUGCAGUCAUCAGUGUGAAAGCUAGUUGAAUAAAAGUGAAUAACACAA